GAUUUGAAGAUUCUUUCUAAAGACCGUCACUAUCAAUGGAUUUCUGAAACUAACGUGAAGCAGGAUGUGGAAAGGCCACAAAAAGCAGAGACAACUACUGCAAUCAGACAGCCGGCGCAAAGCGAAUAAGAGGACAUGUGCGCUCUUGUGAUUUGUGGUCAACCAUCAGCAGCAUACUUUCUAUGGCGCAUUGUUAUCAACUGUUUUGACUCGAAACAUCAAAAGUCGGGGGUCAGGCGGCCACAUCAAUGCGGGUCGUAAACGGCGGCACAAAGGGACCUCCUGGCUGCGACACAAGUCAAAACUUAUUCGCCUCCUUGUCUUCUUGCGGCAGACUUCACAGGAUAUGCGACACAUUUUUUUUGUGGGGCGGCAGCACUUUAAAGAGCACAAAGGUGACAUCCUCUCCAGAAAACUGCUUUCAAACGACACCCCGCGCCCCAAAUGAGGAUUCCCGCUGCUCCAGCUACCUUUCCAGAGCAAUUGUGUUCAAUUGAAGCGCGCACCUUUGCGGCAGAUACAGAUGCGGGAGAAUGAAGAGAGAAACUUUUAAAUGAACUCUACCUUUGCCGCGCUUCUCGGCCCGAAGAGUCACGUGGGACAACAACAGCGAUGGCAGCCCACGAGGAUGAAAGACAGGCACCCACCUUCAAGGUUCCGCAGCUCCUGCACCCUGAGCUGAUGACUGUCGAGGAUAUCAAGACAGUCCUGAGAGACCGGUGCAUCAAGUUGAGCAACUUGCACUCUAUGACCAAGGAAGAGUUGGUCGCUGUCAUGCAGAGGGUCGCCGUCCCGUUUCCUCAAAGAGACUGUUUUCGAAAGACAGCGAGACGCAAAUUUACGUUAGACACUAUAAGUCGUGCCUCGUCUUCAGGUGUUUCUGUUAAAAGAGAUCCGAAUCCUACAAAUAAGCGGCUUAGUGACUGCAUCAACUACGAAAAGAAAACAAUCAAAUUAAUCAAAUCCGAUAAUUCAAAUAAACCUCCCGAACCCAACAGGAAAGGAAAAGAAGAGCAAAAAUUGAAUGAACAAAAAUCACUUAAAAGGAAUUUAAGUGGAUCUCCUCCUAAGAACGAUAACAAUUUUGAGAAAGGUGCUGCUAAAGAAGAGGAUCUGGAAACUGAAGCACCUGUUAAAAAAACUCGAGUGAAAAUAAGCUGGCCUUGAUUAUUCAUUUUCGUAAUGAACUUAUUCACGCAAAAUUAUUUUUCAUUCAUUUUACUCUAAAAUUUUAUGUUGCAAUUUUUGAUUCAUUGUAAGUAUUCAGCAUUUUUUUAUUAUUAUUACUGAGGAUUUUGAAAUUUAUUUAUGCGCAUUUAUAAAGAUAGAGCAUCAGGUAUUUUAAUUCUGGACCUCAUUAUUUCACCGUGGAAUAAAUCGGAAUAAAUAGUUGACUUAAAAAAUUUGAAUAAUUUUUCUCACCUAAAUAAUAAUGUUAAUAUUUAAUCUUUGAUAGUGAGAGAGAUCAGACAUGUUCUGCUGGCGCGCUAAUUUGAAAUUCAAUCAAUCUUACAGCAGUCCACAGGGGGCAGCACGUCACGUAUCUGAAAAAUAACAAAACAAACGUGUAUACAUGCCAAAUGCCAUGAUUUUUGCAAAGUG